AUGUACCUUUUGACUACGAUCCAUGGGUGAUAAUACCACUGGGAGGUCCAUCUGCAGCCCUUAUGAAGUCCGGAUGUACGGUCACUACUGCCAUAGCUAUUGAUCGCCUUCUAGCAUUGUAUUUCCCAGUGGAUUACUACAGAAGAUCGAAACGAUACUGGUCUAUCGCGGCCUUCCUUUUCGCCAUAUUACUAGCUUUCAUCGACUGGCUUAUCCUCCAAAUGACAGUCACUAUUCGUCGAGUUCCUGGUUGCAGCUCUUUCGGAUGUUUCACUAAUGAGCUGUUCCGUGCUUACUGGGGACUGUCAAAUAUGAUGAUGAACCUCUUCUCAUGCCUGCUAACAAUGAUAAUAAUGUAUCAUCUCUUCAAACGUUCAGCACGAUUAACGAAAGCGUCUGAAGUGGAGAGACACAAUAGGACCAAGAUUGAUAGGAGUGCUAAUCGGGUUGCCCUCUACAUCCUACUCGUAUCAGCCUUGAUUGGAGUCGUUCCAGGUUGCCUCAAUGGCGUUGGCACCGUACUUAGUAUUCAGCUGCUUGACGAAGUGUCUUUCUUUGUUGGGACUUGCGCCACUCUCUCUGGGCUUUCUCAUGCUUUCAUUUUUGGCAUGGCUCAUCAUGAGAUCAAAUAUGCAAUUUUGACGAAAGUCUGCGGUUUGAAACCCUCCAACAACAAGACAACUCGUGUGGAAAAUUCUAAUGCAGUGGUAGGCUACAAGAAUGCUUUGACAGUUCGUAAAGAAGAAUCGUCGUAGUA